AUGGCCAACCACUCACAACUUAACUUUCAAGACGCUGCCUCACCCAUCAUAGAAGAACUCAUAGGAUUCCAUGACCACGCUCUAAUAGUUGCCCUAGCAAUCUGCAGCCUGGUUCUUUACCUCCUAACUUUCAUACUCACAGAGAAACUCUCAUCAAACACAGUAAAUGCACAAGAGAUUGAGCUUGUGUGAACUAUCCUACCAGCCAUAGUACUGGUGACACUCGCUCUACCAUCAUUACGAAUCCUAUACAUAAUAGACGAAAUCAAUGAACCUGACCUAACCCUAAAAGCCAUCGGACAUCAAUGAUAUUGAACCUACGAAUACACCGACCUCAAAGACCUCACAUUCGACUCCUACAUAAUCCCUACAACAGACCUACCCCUGGGGCAUUUCCGCCUACUAGAGGUAGACCACCGUGUUAUCGUCCCAAUAAGCUCUUCAGUCCGAGUUAUCGUAACUGCAGACGACGUACUCCACUCAUGAGCCGUACCCAGCCUGGGUGUGAAAACUGAUGCAAUCCCAGGACGCCUCAAUCAGACUUCAUUCCUUGCCUCCCGACCCGGAGUAUUCUACGGACAAUGCUCAGAAAUCUGCGGAGCCAACCACAGCUUCAUGCCAAUCGUAGUAGAAUCCACUCCCCUCGCCAACUUUGAGAGCUGAUCCUCUCUAAUAUCAUCUYAAU